AUGGCGCCUCAAGUUUUUCUUCUCUUCAUUUGUCUACUUCCUCGGGCCCUGCAAGCUGAAACGUGAGUUCAAAAAAUGAUUCCUGUAUUUGGAUUUUAUUCCACGCGCUUAGAGUUCUGACACUAAGCAGUGGCUCCAAAAAAGUAUAGUCUGUUCAGAUUUUGAAUGUCAAGCAGCUAACUCCACCCCAUGGCUACAAUAUCUUUCGCGUCAAUGUUAUAUCUACAGAUCACGAUGGCCCUUUAAUAAGGCUGCAUUUUUGACUUCUUUUUCUAUCUUUUAGAUCAAAAAAGAUCAAAAUUAGUCCCGCGCGUUAAAACAUCGACGCGAAAGGGUACCGUCUCGGCAGGGGCGGAGUUAGCUGCUUGACAUUUAAAAUCUGAACAGACUAUAGGUCAAAAGAAAUAAUUUUUUUUGAUGCUAAAGCCCAUUCCACGCCUGCUUGUUACUUUUUUUCGCCAAAAUUACCGAAUUGAAUCAAAGUUGAGCAUCCACGCCAUAGCUAAUUCAUGGCUAGCUUGGGACGCUAAGGGGGCGUGUCCUGUCUGCGCUCUCCACGAGCCAGGCACUAUCUCUUUUCCAAUCGUGUCAGGACCCUUUUUUCGAUGGCUCGAGCCAGCCGUGAACCAGCUAUACAAGACCUUUGUUUUCCGCUGUCUUUUUUUUUGCCGUUUUGUAGAGCAAAAUUUUAUUUUCUUCAAACGUGACCGUCUCGCGUGGAACGGACUACUUAGGAACUACAAAGUGGUCCCUAUAGGGGUUAGGGGGAAGUGGUUUCUAUAGGGGUCUUUAAACUUCAUUCAAAAAGAAACGUUUAUUUAUUCAGUUUUUUUCGUAUGGAAAUGCUUCUUCGCAUCAUAAAAAAAUCAUGAACCUACAUGUCCCCCAUAGGGGCCACUAACUAUAACCCUAUAGCGGCCACUCUGGAGAUCCUAGGUAUAAAACUUCCGUUUGACGCGAUGUCACAAUUUUUUCAUUUUUUUUACAAAUCACUUUGAAGAUGCACGGGUUGUCAAAUACUUAUGGAAUCCUCACCAACCGCAUUUGGAGAUCAGUACCAACCGACUGUCAGGUAUCCGCACAGCUCAUUCUAUGAACCUAUGACACUAAUUUCAACAGCUCUUCAAACGGAUGCAAGACAAAAUUAUUCACAUGCGAAAAGCUCGACUCCAACAUUUACACCAAUAAGCCUGCUAUUUAUGUGACUGACUGGUCAAGAUGUGUUUUUAGCUCUUUCUUUCGAAAUUUAGGCAACAGCAACCGAUGGAUACCAGUUUGUUUUCGAUAAGGGCAAUGUCACACUGACCUGUGACGAGGGUCAAACCCUCUAUACUUACGGGACAAGUCAAAUCACAAACCUCAUUUGCUCAGAGUUGAAAAAGUCAGUUUCUUAGUCUUUUUCCAAAUUUAGAUAAUUUUCAAAAUAUCUUUCUUUUUCGAAACAUUUGAUCCAUUUCUUUAGGAAAGUUGUUUCAGCGAUUUCUUGCAAGACAUAAAUGUUCUCAGUUUUCACAAAACAAGUUCUCUUCGAACGUUUGAUCCGAAAUUCCUUCUUUCGACGUCAUUGUACUUAACAUGAGGAAUAUUAUUUGAGAGGAUGUACAAACUGCGUUCUACCGCCAGUCAACGCUCAACCUCCUAGCUCAACCUAUUAUGAUUACGCACCGAGUGUCCGGUAAAUUGAAGUUCCAAGGAAACUUCGGAGAGUUCGAUUGAAGGAGUACCACAGUGGGCGAAGACGGAUGCGAAACGUCCGAGUUUUACUGCGAGGAGCUCGACCCUUCGAAAUAUAAGUCAAAAGACGCUAUACUCUACGUGAAUAACUCACCAGUUCAUCAAAGUUUUCUAGCAAGCUGUUACAGAUAAAAACGAGAGGCUCCGAAGGUUUGAGUACAGCUAGAAGCGUACCAUGUAGAAAUGGCUACUACGGUUUUGACAAUGCCUACUACCCGGAUUUCGUCGAAAUUCUUCGUUGUAGUGUCCCAAAGUUGUGAGUUUUAAACAAUAACAUUCGCGAGCAUCAACGAGGGUUCACAUUCUUAGUGUAAUAUCGAACUGUGAUCCACAUUUUUUCAUAAAAAAUAAGUAUCCUAAAACCAGUGGGCGGUCAAUUAAAAAUCUUCGUUCGUGAUUUCGAAGAAAAAAAAAUCAAUGCAGAGAAAAAGAAAUAUUUUUCUUGACACUUACAAAACGAUGACUGCGUAUUGGUUAUGGAUUAUCAUUUAAGGAAAUGCACAGAUUGCAAAUUACCACCGUUCGUUUUCGAGUCUGAAACCAUCUCUUCUGCAAUGAAACAGUACGCGCCGAAAAUCACGUAAAUCCGUAGUCAGAUUUUUGGAUAAAAAUGAAUUGAACAGAACUUCGAAAGGUACAGACGAUUGUGACACGUAUACGAUUUCCUGUGAGUUGCUCGAUCCCGCCAAAUACCUUCAAAUGCCACUUCUUUCUGUAAUCACUUUCUCAAUUGGCUUCAGAAAACUCAUUUACUUGUAUUCAGGUGAGAAUGGGUGAAAUUCUUUCUAGUUUCGAGACUCCUUCCAUCGAUAUGACUUGUCGAGGCGAUAAUGCUAUUUACUUGCACGAAGGCACUCCAUAUACUUUUGAUAGCGCUCUUUGCGCUGAUACCGAAAUGUAAGUUUUUCAAAUUUUCUGACUAGGAAACUACGCGAUCUCGUAGAGUUCGAACUUUUGCGGUUUAUAGACCUUAGUCAGAAUACUUGAAAACAAGAGAGAUUAUCUGCUCAACCUGAUAAGGUACCGAGAAAAAUCUUGCUGAAAAUGGAUAGAUUGGGCUUGAAAAAAUUUAGGACGAUGCUUUUCAUCCUAUUUUAUCUUUCAAUAAAGUCACCUCGAAUGAUUCGGUUACCAGAAACGCCCAAACUACUCAGUAUAAAAAAUUGGAGAAAAUCAAUAUCUUGAAACUGUUCCAGCCUAAUCUACUCAUUUUCAAAAAAAAUUUUCUCGGUUUCUUAUCCGGUUUAGCAGAUAAUCUUUCUUGUUUCCUUUUUCCUGACUCAGGUCUAUGAACCAUCAAAGUUUGAACUCGAUCCGCAAAUAUAAGUUCACGAAGCUCCCUAGUGAGUAACGAAUUCCAAUUUCGAAAGACAAAACUUCGAGAAAAAAAUUUUUUUGAGAGGUAUUUUUGUGGAAUCGUUAUGGUACACUCCCGACCCGCCUGGGAGGAACAAAAAUCUUACAAAAACUCAAUAAAACAAUUUUUCCUCCAGUUUAUUUUAAAACUGUGAUGCAGCAAAAAAAAAUUCAAAACGCUUUGAUAUUUGAUUAUCAUUGAAGAUGCGCGACUUGCACUUUCCCAUCUUUCGUUCCCCAAGAAGGAUUGCCUGAGUGGCAUCAGUAUGGACCGAUACUGAGGUAACUUGAACUAGGGUCCAUAAGCCGCAAAAAACCCAAAUACAGAAUCACGACGAGCCUUGUUGGUUGCGAUGUAGGACUAUUUGAAUGUCAGAAGCUCGACCCGGCAAAGUAUGGACAGGAACCCGAGCUUAUUGUGAUUAAUUUUAUAAUUCAAAAAAAAUUUCGUUUGACGUGAAGAUUUUAAUUAGUAUACUUUAAGAUGAAGUUUGCUGGACAGGGCAGUUUUAUGUUCGCCGGAGAGGCACAAGUGACUUGUCAUGACGGUAAACCUUCAUUUGUGGGAGAAGCUGGUCAAAAAUACGAAGUCGAAAGCGUUUCGUGCCGAACAAGGACCUUGUGAGUUUUCAACUAUAAAAGAGCUUUGAAACUUUUUUAAAAUGGCGAUGUUUUGCAUACAGUCUGUUCAGAUUUUGGAUGUCAAGUCAUCGCUCAAACUCCGCCCCUUAUGCGUAGAUCAAGCCAAUCAGAUAUUGAUCCAUCAACAGAGGGCCGUGAGUUUGCUGCUUUACAUUCAAAAUCUGGACAGACUACUCUGUUCAGUUCAGAUUUUGGAUGUCUAACAGCAAACUCCGCUCUUAACAACGCUCUGUGGCUGGUUCGAUCUAUGCAUAAGGGGCGGCGUUUGAGCAAUGACUCGACAUUCAAAAAUUGAACAGGCUGUAAUUGGAUCCGCCCCUUAAAAUUAGCCUUGAAAGCAAAAACCUUUUAAACUUUUGUCAAUCAUCAAAAAAGAGAUAUUCGUAAAAUACUUAAAAUUGUAAUCUCAGAUGUUCGAGUUGUACACUGCCAAGAUGGGGUCCUGACGAUUACCAUUUCGACAAUUCAUACUUGGACUUCUUCCCAGCAACAGUCCGUACCAUCAGCGAAAACGGAGAAAUGAGAGUUGCAUUUAGCUGCUUUCCCUUCUGGCUCGAUCCCAACAUUAUCAAAGGAAUUUACACAUUUGUAAUUUCGCAAUCCGUCAUAAUGAUUUAGUUGCCAUUUCUAGACAAAAUUCGUCGGUUUUGACGGAUUUCAUCAAAUACCAGGCAGAGAUGCGAACAACUUCACUCUUCCCUGUGUCGAUGGUUACGUCAGAAUGCAUCAUGAGGAUAUUGAUAAAGCUAUGGAGACAUUUUCCUGUGUCGCUGAGGUGCCAGGGUAAGCGUGGGUCAAAAUCAUAAAACGGCUCAGCCGAUAAAACGAAAUCGUCUUGCUACGGGGGCCUAACAUGGGAGGUCAUUUUAGCGUAGGGUUCAGAAUUUUCUAUAGAUUUUCUCAAACAAUCUCUGAUGGGCUGUGAAACGAUCCCCCAUAGUCGCUACCUGCACAAACUUUUUGUUUUGGAGAUAUGAUUUUUCAGAGUUUUUAUCCUUAACCAUGUGACGCCGUUUGGAAGGAAUGUCCACCAAGACUGCAUGGCAGCUAGAAGCGUGGUGCAGUGGCUAGCGUGUCAGCCUGUGAAACUUAUGAUGAAGGUUCGAAUCCUUUUGCCGCUAACUUUUUUUUGCCACUUUUUUUUCAAGAAUUCUGAUGAUAAGAUUGAAUUCUAAGAGAAUAACCGUUAGUUAUCAAACUUUUUUGAAACGGUUAUACUCAUAGAAUUCUAAUAUUUUCAUGAGAAUUCUUGAAAAAAAAGUUAGCGGCAAAAGGAUUCGAACCUUCAUCAUAAGCUUUGCAGGCUAACACGCUAGCCACUGCACCACGCUACUAGCUGUCAUUCAAGGGCUGGUUGCGCGUACACAUUUCUUGCAAACAGUGUACCGUGUUUAAGGAUGAAAAAUUUGAAGUAUCAUAUCUCCAAAAAAAAAAGUUUGCGCAGAUAGCGACUAUGUGGGAUCGAUUCUCAGUCUAUCAAAGAUCGUUUGAACAAAUUUAUAGAAAAACCUGAACCCCACGCUAAAAUGACCUCCCAUGUAAAUGUGAACCGCUUCGCAGGCCGGGCACUCCGGGGCGCGUCGCGGUCGGGGACGGCCUUGGCCAGGGUCGCCCCGAAUUGAGAGCUGCUUUGAUCGGCUGGAUCUUACCCCAGCCUUAUACGCGCAAAAAAAAAAAAUUGCCGCACCCCGCGGUGGGAUACAGCCGAAGUAUGGUCAAAAUUUAGUAUAAUCAGUUUUUCUUUUGUUAUAUGUUAAACAGCCACUGGAAUAAAAAAGUAGGCGGGGGAACGUUAAAACUUUUCGCCGACGAAGAAUUUUUCAUAGUUUUUCCCCGUAAAUCAACACAUUUUUGUUUCUUUACGCGGCCUAUUUCAAAAAGGAGCUUUUUUCAACGUUAUAUUUCCAUGUGGUAAAGAAACGCCAACAGGUCACAUUGUUCCAAUUUAUGGCGAAUAUAAAUAUAUAAGGACCUUGUACUAAUGUAUCGCUAAAUAUAUAAUAUAUAUUUGUCUCCUCGACCUCUGUCCUAAAAUAGCAACUUAGUCGUGAAAAUAGGACUAACUGAAAUUAAUUUGAAGAUGCGAAACUUGCGCAGAUCUACAGUUCGUACAGCCUCCUGAUGAGGGAUUUUUCUACUACGCUCCUACAGUAACGUACGCUUCAUCAAACUUUUUUCUAUUCUCAGAACUCUCCAAGUUUAUUGCUGUUUCAGCGAAACUGAACAUUGCAAAAAACUUCUCACAUGCGAUGUCUCACAUACGCCGCAUAACACCUCUUCAACCCUUUUGGUGAUUGAAUUUUUUCCGAGAGAGCAAGAGAAAAUGAAAGAUGAUUUCAGAUACUGACUGAUGGGCAAUUUAUACCAAUCCCAGAAAAUUCGCACAUGUUGUGCCGUCAUGGAAUCAUGAGUGUUUACGCAAACUUAGCACUCAAUCCAACAGAAGGGAUGGCCUGUCGAACAUUCAAGAGCCAAGCUCCGCCACCCAGCGUACCUGGGCGGAAAAAAUGA